CGUCGCAUCGAAUAAAGCCGAGCUUAAAUUGGUGUUUUCUUUUUUAAGUAGUGUAUACAUAUAGAAAUUGAGCAUGCAGCACAGCGAGACAUACAGCACUGCCUUUACUGAUCGCUGUCCAUGCCACAAUUAUUGCAUUUCGUCAUAAUAAACUAGGUUCUAAUUUACUACAAACGACCACACCCGCAUCGAAGUAAACAUGGGACGCUGUUUUAAUUACAAACUAUUGCUCAAUUUAUGUAACUUUUUGUUUUUGAUAUGCGGUUUAUUGAUGAUCGUAUCCGGAUUGUACCUGUUCUCUGACAACAAACGCAUUUUGCUCUCCAGACUUUUGGCUGCCUCUAGUGAUCGGUUGAGUUCGCUUCCGCAGCCUUUGCUUUUCUAUAUAUCGCUGGGCGUGGCAAUCGCUGGAUUUUUGGCCAUCCUGGCCGCUGUCGUGGGUUUCUGGGCCAGCUGCCUUCACACCUACUGUUUCUUGAGCGUAUAUUUCCUGAGCGUAGUGGUGCUCCUGCUGACCGAGUCUGUGCUUUGCCUGGCCAUAACCCUCUGGCCACAUUGUCUGGGCAUCAGUCUGGACGAGAAUCAAAUGGUGCGAUCCCUGCAGAGCAACUAUGGAGUUCCGGGCCAGGAGCAGUUCACCAAUACCAUGGAUUUGGCGCAGGCACGUUUUGGCUGCUGUGGGAUGAGGAGUUCGUUGGACUACGACACAUCGUUGUGGCGUUUGCAGAGCUAUGGACAGAGGAUUUGGCCGGUGCCACUCAGUUGCUGUGUGCUGGCAAAUGCGGGACAAUCGAUGGCCUAUCUGGAUCCAAAGCCGGCCAAUGAAUCACUUUGCCAGUCGAUCGAACGAGAUUCCUACAAAAGGGAACGCCACACGGAAUCAUGUCUUCCGCAUCUGGACAACUGGUAUCGGGAGCAGUAUGGCAUCUUUCUUGGCGGCAGUCUGGUUCUAGCCUUGGUUGAGUUCUCCGUUCUGUUGGCAAUUAUCAUGAGCUGCACCGGGCUGGCUACACAACGGGCUAGGCUCAAGAAACCAAUUCUAGAAGUGAGAGCUCAAAAGGUGAAGAAGCGACAAACUCUGAUCGAAAACAUCUACGAACCCGAGGUGGAACUUAGGGAGAACUCUAGCCACAGUUUCAAUGGAAUAUAUCUUGGACCGGCUAGCCGGCAUGUGAGCAGUGAGGAUUUUAAGGAAUUGUACAUUAAGCCAAGAGAUUUGUACAAACAUCAUCAUAUCGUGACUGGAAAGCCAGUUCCUGUCGACCGUCCAAUGCAAAUGAGAAAUUAUUUGGUCUAAACCCAUAGGGAGCCAUUACAACGGAAACGAAGUAAGCGCCUAAAUUACUAAACUAUAAAAAGAUUUUUUUUCCAAAUUUCAAUAUAUAAAUCUUAAUAUAUUUUUAAUAAAAUAUAUUCUCACUGUAAUAUUGCAAGGUUUUAAGAAGGCUUUAAAAAUAUUUCAAAACAACAAAUGGUUCCAAAACAAUUUCGCUUACUUUGCUUUCGUGUUUAUGGCUCAAAAUAUCUUGUUUAUAUAUAUUUACUUUUACUUAGCGUUUAAUUUUUGUACCUAUAUAA